CGUUUCCAGCAUCAUUCCUGUGGAAGUAAGAUGGCGGACCGGCGGCGAAGGAGGACGCGCGCGUCCCAGGACAGUGACGACGAAGAGGACGAGUCCGCUUCGGGCUCAGAGAGUCGGGAUUCGGGCUCCCAGACGAGCAAGAGCCGCGGAGGGAGAGAGCCCGAACCGGCCGAGGUCGCUUCGGAGCGCGCCGAGGCCAAGGAGGAAGUGCAGUCCGAGUGUGAGAGUGAAGAUGGAGUAGGAGAAGCCGUCCUCUCGGACUACGACAGCGCAGAUCCGGAAGAAAUUGCCUCCCACUCCGAGGGAGCAGAAGAAGAGGAAGACGCAGAUGGAUACAGCGACGAAGAAGCUCCGGCGGCGGCCGGCCCAUCUGAACCCGUCGCUCCGGCAGAAUUGGCUCUGGAAGAGGAUGAGGAAGGCGCGGAAGAGAAGAGUAAAGAGGACAAGGAGUCAGAUGAAAAAGGGAAGUUGGCAGGAGAGCGACAGAGCGGCGACGGUCAGGAGUCGACUGUGGACCCCGAGACCAAAGCUGGAGGGCAGUCGGGCCAGCAGCUGGAUGACGACGAGGACCGCAAGAACCCGGCUUACAUCCCCCGCAAGGGUCUCUUCUUUGAGCACGACGUCAGAGGCCACACCCAAGAGGAAGAGAGGCCCAAAGGCAGGAACAGGAAGCUGUGGAAGGACGAAGGGCGCUGGGAGCACGACAAGUUCCGCGAGGAGGAGCAAGCGCCCAAGAGUCGCGAGGAGCUCAUCGCCAGCUACGGCUACGACAUCCGCAACGGCGAGCGCCCCUUCGCGCAUCGCCGACCUCGGUCGUCGGUGUCCCCCAACCGAGAGCAGCGAUGGCGGGACGGGGGAGACCGAGCCCUGCGCUCCUGGCAGAGCAAUCGGGGAGGAAGAGGAGGCAGCAGCGGGGGUCCCGGCCGAGGCGCUCCUCCUCAUCACUCAUCUCCCGCCUCAGUCCCACUUGCGCCCGGCCAGCGCAGCAACCCUUCCCGCAGCCGACCCCCCCACUUUUCGUCACAGCAGCCCCACCACGGAGGGAGAGAAUCGCACACUCCUCAGCUCCAUGCCAGAGAAAGAGCGGGUCCCAAAGGUCCGCCUGAGUCUCCGGCAGAAAGGGGGUUGGCCGGCAGGGGAGUUCACAGCGGCGUGGGGAGGGCGACCGAGGACCCCCCGGUUAGCCAAGAGGACCGCCUCCAGAGUAGUGGGGCGCUUCCCGUUGAGCACGCGCCGUAUCGGAGCGCGUCGCCUCGGAGACAGCCGCCAGAACAGCAGGGGGGCUCCGCCUCAGCCCAAACUCCCCACGCGUCGGCGGCCCCCCGGGAAGCCUCCCCUCCCGCCGAGCGGCCCGUCGAGCGAAAGUCGUACUCGCUGGCCCGCAGGAGUCGCUCUCGGCCGGCCGAAUUAGGCAGCAAACAGACGUCGGUGGAGGAGGCGGCGGCAGGAGUGAAGAACACGGCGGGGCGAGGCGGGACCGAGCUCGACCAGGAUGUGGCUCGGCUGAGUCUGGUGCCCGGACAGUCAUGGAACCAGAACCCCGCCCCCUACGUCCACUCAGAGAUUAGAGGCCUGAGUGGCGGCCUUCACGUCGCCGGCAGGCCACCGGCGUUCUCGGCGCUGGACGAGCUGUCGGGCGGCUCCAACCGGGCCAAACGUUACUCGUCCCAGAGACAGAGAGGUGUCGCCGAAGCGGCACCCAUGCACAUGGGCGUCAUGGAAGGACACUACUACGAGCCCAUAACGUACCAGGGACCAAUUUACACACACGGCGAUGGAGCGGCACCCAUGCCGCCCCAAGGCAUGCUGGUCCAGCCAGAAAUGCACAUCCCCCAUCCAGGUAUCCAUCCCCACCAAUCAGGAGGCCCCAUCGCAAACCCCACCCUCUAUGGAGGCCCCCCUGUCCCUCUGUCGCCAGGGCAACCGCAGCAACUUCUGCCGCCGCCUUUCUACCCACCGCAAGGGGUCAUGACCUUCCCUUACCCUGCCAUGUACCCGAGCCCUCAGGGUCAAGCGCAGGUGACGUACGGGGGCGUGACCUAUUAUGACACGGUGCAGCAGCAGGCUCAGCCCAAACCUUCGCCGCCCCGCCGCACGUCUCAACCCGUGACCGUCAAGCCCCCCCCUCCCGAAGUGCCCUUUGCCUCCGAGUGAGCCGGCGCCUAUCCCCUUCCAAACCGGGCACGCCCAAGCAGGUCCGACAUGGAGCGCCAGUCCGACACGCAGCAUCCGUCUGGACCGGCCAGUCAUGUGACCCUCAGCCACUCUGCCGGCUUCCCUCUUCCAGCACGUUGGCCUGAAGCGUACGUGCGGGUCUGGACGGCGGUGGCGUCCCUUCCUGUGAGGUCACGUGACCGUGUCCGCCAGAUGGCCCCGCACCCGUCGGCCUUCCUCCUGUUCAGCCUGUUCACAACAAGUGUGGAUAAUAUAGUUUUGAAAGGUCCCAGUCCACUUGAGUUUGUGCUGAGGGGAGGUGAGUCAAGAUGGCAAAUGUAGCCAUUUGUUGUUUUUUGUUUGUUGGUCACAGACAAGUAAACGAAUUGAACUUCUCCAUGUUUAUUUAGAACUAUUGCAACUGUAGUUGUGCUUUCAUGUUUUUCAUUUCCUUUCUGGAGUAUUUUUCUAGGUUUGUAUUUUGUCUUGCAGCAGUGACCCAUGACCCCCCACCCACCCCAAUAAAAACACUUUUCACAUUU